AGCCGUCUUCUCUCCCCGGCUCCAGCAUCUGCAGUGUGGGCACACUGCGCUUUCUCUGCACUCUCUGGUCAUCUCCUGUACUAUGUUCGCAGUCUCUGGUCAUUUCCUCUACUGUGUCCACAGUCUCUGGUCAUCUCCUGUAGUAUGCCUGCAGUCUAUGGUCAUCUCCUGUACUAUGUCCUCAGUCUCUGGUCAUCUCCUGUAGUAUGUCUGCCAUCUCUGGUCAUCUCCUGUACUGUGUCCGCAGUCUCUGGUCAUCUCCUGUACUAUGUAUGCAGUCUCUGGUCAUCUCCUGUACUAUGUCUGCAGUCCAUUGGUUCAGAAUUUUUUUUUCUUGUUUUCCUCCUCUAAAAUCUAGGUGCAUCUUAUGGUCAGGUGCGUCUUAUGGAGUGAAAAAUAUGGUAUUUAGAGAAUUGAUGUCCGUUCUGAUGGAUUUGCUUUUAUCUAUGUUGACCUAGACUUAUGGAUGUGCAUUUUACAUAUUUC